ACGCUGCCAAAAGGAAAGAGAGCUUUCAAUUUCAAUUCAAGGAUAAGGACAAGUCCUCCUCCGUUAAAAUCUCCUAAUGCCAGAGGAACUUAAGCCCUCUCUUGUAUCUUUCAUGGCUUGGAGAAUGGUUCUUCUCUUUCCCUUGCUCUCAUCUUCCAUGUAAAGUACAGUCCACUCUAACAAAUCAAAUCAAAUCACCUGAAAGAACUAAGAAGUGGGUACUCGAUCGUCAAAAUGUCACUCUCUCUCAUUGUCAAUCCAUUUCUGAGGCCCCCAAGAACGAAUGGGGUGUCUGAAUCCUCGCAUCUCUUUUGUGCAUUGUAUCCAGCCAAACACAUUCGUCCGGGAAAGCUAAAAGUGCAGGCCUCAGGAAAUACCUUAGGAACAUACUUUCGUGUUACAACAUACGGAGAAUCUCGUGGUGGCGGUGUUGGUUGCAUUAUUGAUGGAUGUCCUCCUCGGAUUCCCCUCUCAGAAGCUGAUGUUCAAGUCGAACUCGACAGAAGGAGGCCCGGGCAGAGCCGACUAGUUUCCCCUAGAAAGGAAACUGAUACUUGCCAAAUAUAUUCUGGAAUUGCUGAAGGACUCACUACUGGGUCUCCUAUCAUGGUCCAUGUACCAAAUACUGAUCAGACAGCACAUGAUUAUAGCGAGCUGUCAAGGGCUUACAGGCCUUCUCAUGCAGAUGCAACCUAUGAUUUCAAGUAUGGUGUAAGAGCAAUCCAGGGCGGUGGAAGGUCUUCAGCGAGAGAAACCAUUGCAAGAGUUGCUGCUGGAGCUGUAGCAAAGAAAAUCCUCAAGAAAUUUUCUGGGACGGAGGUUCUUGCAUAUGUUUCUCAAGUGCAUAAUGUUAGACUUCCAGAACAUUUGGUGGAUCAUGAGUCUCUGAACCUUGAUCAGAUAGAAGAAAGUAUUGUUAGGUGCCCAAAUGCAGAAUAUGCUAAGAAGAUGAUUGCUGCAAUUGAUGCUGUUAUGGCGCGCGGUGACUCUGUUGGUGGGGUUGUCUCAUGCAUUGCUAGGAACGUCCCUCGUGGACUUGGUUCACCAGUUUUCAAUAAACUUGAAGCUCAACUGGCCAGAGCUGCCAUGUCACUGCCUGCAUCGAUAGGCUUUGAGUUUGGCAGUGGCUUUGCAGGUACAUUAAUGAGUGGGAGCGAACACAACGAUGAGUUUUACAUAGACAAACGUGGAAGAAUCAGGACAAGAACAAACCACUCAGGAGGAAUACAGGGAGGGAUAUCUAAUGGGGAAGUCCUAAACAUGAGGAUAGCUUUUAAGCCAACGCCUACAAUUGAAAUGAAGCAGCACACAGUUACUAGAGAUAAACAUGAGACUGAGAUACUAUCACACAUUCGCCGAGAUCCUUGCGUGGCUCCACGAGCGGUGCCAGUGGUGGAGUCAAUGAUAGCCCUUGUGCUUGUAGACCAGAUAAUGGCACAAUAUGCACAAUGCGAGCUGUUUCCAAUCAACACAGCCCUGCAGGAACCCAUGGGAUCACUGAGCUCAACUCUGCCGACCUUCCCUGUUGAAAAAGUGGGAUGUGUUGCUGACCCUUCUGUGGGCCUUUAGAGAAGAAGCACAUCAAUCUCUUUAUCUUAUUUUAUAGCAGCAGGGUAAUUUUAGCAGCAUUGAUCGUAUAGAAGCGUUCAUAGUGUGCAUCCUUGAGCUGUAACUUACCAUUUCAUUUUAACUUCUCCUUGUGUGUGUGUCCAAAACACUCGAAGAUGGUUUAUAAAGGAACAUGGGCAAUGCAAUACCCAGGUCUAGAUCCAGGGUUCAGCCAGUAGCAAUCUAAAGCCAAGUGUUGAUGUAUAAAGUGUCGGAUUUUAACAUGGAUAUCAUCAAUAGCUGGGAGUGGGACUGAUUAAUAACUGACGUUGAUCAGGCUUAUGGACAAGCCCAAGGGGCUUUAAGAAAGGUAAUUGAGCCUGGGACUAAAAUAAGCUCUAUAUCUUAGUUCUACCAAGCUGAUACAAAAGCCUGAGGCAUACCAUGCUUGUGCAAAUAAGCGGGUAUUACCAUCCUAAU